AUGGUACACCUUGUGGCUGUACCAGAGACAAUCACGGCAAGUGGCUGUGCUUGUGUCUUUAUUGACACCAUCUUCCGACUUCAUGUGUUGCCCCGUGAACUCGUAUCAGACAGAGAUCCACGAUUCACUGCUGAUUUCUGGCGUUCCGUGUUCAAAUCACUCGGAACGCGCUUGAAGAUGUCAACAUCUGAUCAUCCAGAGUCAGAUGGUCAGACGGAACGUGCCAAUCGUGUCCUUGAAGAGAUACUUCGAGGAUACGUACACUCCUUUAAGAGUUGGAGUGAGUUUUUGCCGAUGGUAGAGUUUGCCAUCAACAACUCGGUGCAUGCGUCCACGACACAUACACCGUUUUACGUGAAUGGCUUGCGCCAUCCGCGUGUACCCACCUUACUAGAGUGUAACUCUGGUUUAAGGGGGGGAGGGACUCGCGCGAGCAAAAACCGAUUUGGUUCACGCUCAUCACGCUCUGACGAAGAAGUCAUUGCGUUUGAUGCCGAUAUCGAUAACAUCGAUAUCGAAGAAGAUGAUGCCAGUGAGAGUGCGGAAGCCCUCACUGAAGACAAUGAUCCCAGUGAGAGUGCGGAAGCCCUCACUGAAGAAACGGUUGUUGUCGCUGCAGUGCACUCACAGCACACUGAAGCUAACGAGUCAUCAGAUGAAUUCACACUGGCUCGUGAAACGGUAGUCCGUUUUGUGCAAGACUCCAUCGCCGAAGCGGUGGAUAAGCAGAAGCAAAACGCUGACAAGAAUGGAAGGGAAACACUUUAUAUUUUAGUAAAGGUGACUUGGUCCUACUGUCUACGGUUAACCUACCAAAGCAUGUAG